AGAUUAUCAAACCUUGGAUAAAACUCCAGGGAUAAUAUUGUCCACCAAAACCAAACGAGUUUUUCUGUACAAAACACCACAAUCUGUUACUGGGCUUUGGCCGAUUGCAAUUACAGACGCUUUUGACUAUUGUACACAAUGGUUGGCGGUUUGUACGGCGACUUACCCCCUCCGUCUUCCGCCGCGGAAGACAGCGGCGCCACCACAUCCACCACCAAUGUCUGGUCCAGCAGCGUUAAGAUGGUCCCUCCCACUCUCCGCAAGCCCCAACCCCCUCAGACAAUCCUCCGGGCACCACACCCCAAGCCCAAACAACCCCAGCCUAAGCUCACCACCACAGCUCCCCAAAACGCCGAUGAGAACACAAACCCUAACCCCAGCACGUCGUCUUUUCAACCCGCACUCGUCGGAGUCACCAGCUCCGUCAUCGACGAAUACGAUCCGGCCCGGCCGAACGACUACGAGGACUACCGCCGGGAGAGAAAGCGGAAGCAGGCGGAGGCCGAGGUUAGGCGGGAGCUGGAGGAGAGGGAGAGGAGAGAGAGGGAGAGGGAGGAGAGAGAGAAGCGAGAGAGAGAUCGCGAUAGGGAUCGGGAAUUGAAUAUCUCAGGAGAGGAGGCGUGGCGGAGAAGGGCUGCUAUGAGCGGCGGCGGAGGUGGCGCUCCAAGGUCGCCGUCGCCGCCCCCUCCGGGCAACGGCGGAGGAGAAGGGUUUAGCAUCGGGAAAUCGGAGAGUGGAGGAUUGGGGCUGGGGGCGGAAGGGAAGAUGACUGCAGCUCAGAGGAUGAUGGCGAAGAUGGGCUGGAAGCAAGGACAGGGCUUGGGCAAGCAGGAGCAAGGGAUUACGGCACCGCUCGUGGCCAAAAAGACAGAUAAGAGAGGUGGAGUUAUUGUGAAUGCCAGCGAGUCGAACAAGAAGGUUAAGAGUGUUAGCUUCAAUGGGACUCCUACCAGAGUUGUGCUUCUUAGAAACAUGGUCGGCCCUGGUGAGGUGGAUGAUGAUUUAGAAGGUGAAGUGGCGGAGGAGUGUACUAAAUUUGGUACAGUGACUCGUGUCUUGAUAUUUGAGAUUACUGAACCAAACUUCCCACACGAUGAAGCUGUAAGAAUAUUCAUUCAGUUCGAGAGAGCAGAACAAGCAACUAAAGCUCUGAUAGAACUCGAAGGCCGCUUUUUCGGUGGAAGGAUUGUCCGUGCUUGCUUUUAUGAUGAGGAGAGGUUCAGCAACAACGAGUUGGCUCCUUUGCCGGGGGAAGUCCCUGGCUUCUUUUGAGUAUCUUCUUUUCAGUAAUUUUGAAGGUUUAUCUUCUUGAAUCUCCUUGCUUUUAGUCAUAAGUUAUGAGCAAUGUUCUUUAUUUUCAGCCUUAGUGUUAUUUGGUGAAUUCGAAUUUGAUAACUAUAAGAUGAAGUCUGCUGUGUACCCCUUUAACAAGAUGAUUAUGCUCUAACCUUGUUUUGGUUAUGUUAUGUAAUUUUUAGUUGCUUCUAUGUGAGAAAUUCUGUGUAAGAGUCGACAAAGAAUGGCUUUAGGCCAAGUAUCACAGGAAUGUUAGUAAGUACCAAUUGAGUUUGUCUAAUUGUUAGAUGGAUUGACCUAGAUCAAAAUUGCUCAAUUAAAUUCUAGUGCUUC